AUGGUCUCGCCUCCACCGCACCUUCCCCAGUGGGCGGGGUCAGUACCACAGACGCCACCUCGCCGGGUCUCCCGCCACUAUCACUCGCAGGAAGGGUGGUACACCACGACAAAGGAUUAUGCGUACGGCGACACCACUCUUUGCGACAAGGAUACACACUAUGAUGACGAGUACCAUGAGGAGGUGCACAGCGCGGACGACAGCGACUACGAAGACCACGAGCUGUUCCACGCUGCCGAGGGCGCUCCAAGCAGCCACGCCCCAGAAAACCACCCCUAUCACGAACUCAACAACGCGUUUGUCCUUGGCGCCUCCAGUGACGAGGCAGACAAGGAUAACGGUGUCCCGUUCUUGGACUCCGAUGAGAUGGCUGAGCACUUCUACGCUGAGCGUUCGCCACCCAAACUCGCCUCGCUUUCGAGCCACCCCAGUGAUGGUCCACACGACUACAAUCAAGACGCCUAUGACGGCUAUUCCCACGAUACCCACCUCUACCCCCACGUCUCUACUCCCAGCUUCCACCCCUCAGCUAGUGGAUCGGCCUCGGGAUUCACCCCUGCCCAAGCGGAAGUGCUGAGCUCGUUCGAUCCACUCGCGCAUGACGGCCGGAUUGACGGCUACGUCGAUAUCUGGCGCACGCAGACUGCUCCGGGUCUCCCUGCCAUUCCACCCCAGUCCCAUCCUGUUAUAGCAAUCCACCACGCAACUGGCAGCGGCCCCUCCAAUGUCCACCGCGUGACGCUCACGUCGGACCCGCUGAGCUACGUCGCCGACUCAGUGUCAUCUCCUGCGCACCAGCCACCACGUUGGCAGGGGUUCAGCACUACGCCGCACACGUCUCCUCCCCAGUCUCAUCUCACGAGCGACACCCACUCGGGCAGCGAUGAAGAAGAGGACCGCAACUCCAACCCCUUCCACGUCAACAUCCCGCCAACCGAGGCAGAGGCAUCCCAAACCCUACUGUCUCUCAUGCAUGAGCUGCGCCGCGCACACCGCGGCCCCGACAUGGGUCCACCGCGUACCCCGCCUGCGUACAUGACAACCUCGGAUGACUACUCAGACUCGUUCGAGGCAGAGGUGGUGACCCCGGACACGCCGUGUCCCCACCGCACGCCAGCGGGCAUGCUCUGGAGCAGUCCCAAACACAACGAGAGCCCCGGCUUGUCCUCGGACCUUCUCGUUCUCAACCUCCAGCGCACAACAUCCAACUCCAGAACCAAGACCUCCACCGAGACCAAACGCCUCCAGUCUCUCCUCAUGGCCAAACAACGCGACCUCGAACUCGCAUACGCAUCCAUCUCGAGACAGGAACGUGAGCUCGCCGACCAGCACCACACCCUCGCCGUUGCCCACCAGGCCUUUGAGGCCGGUAAGCGUGUGAUCAAGGACAAGAAUGACCGCAUGGUGGAACUGGAGAAGAAGAAUGAGGCUUUGAAGCGGAAGUGUGAGAACAGGGACAAGACGGUUGACACUCUUGAGGCGAUUGUCAGUGUCUUGGAGGAGACGAACGAGGACCAGAAGCAGACUAUCAAGAGUUUGGAGCAGGCGUUAAGUGCGAGGCUUGCUGUGGGUGGGAGCCAAGGUGGAAGUGGGGGUGAGAGUGGAGGGCAGGGUGGAUCCAUCACUCUCAAGCGCGGACGACAGGUGGCCGAGGUUGAGCUCGGGGAGACGCCGUUCAAGCGGCUCAAGCUGGCGUCCUCUGAAUCUCCUUGCCUUCAUUAG